GUGACUAUGUUAAUGUUAUUGUUAAGUUCAAAGAGGAGAAAAAUUGUGAAGACAUAUCAGAAGAAUUGGGAAUGGGGAGCAGCAUCAUAGCAUGGAAGCAGCUUCUUCUCAAUGCUAUGGAAUCUAACACUCACCUCAAACACUCUUCUUACAUGCAACUCGCAACCAUAGGAACCAACGGAAAACCUUCAAAUCGCACUGUCGUUUUCAGAGGAUUCCAAGACAACACUGAUAACAUCCUAAUUAACACCGAUACCCGCACUCGCAAGAUUGAAGAGCUCAAGCAUUGCUCCUCUGCUGAGAUAUGUUGGUAUUUCACAGAUUCCUGGGAGCAAUUCCGGAUAAAUGGGCAUGUAGAUAUCAUUGAUGGCACGAAUCCUGAUCCGCUAAAACUUCAGCAAAGAGAAAAAUCCUGGUUUGCCAGUUCCGUGAGAUCAAGGUCUCAAUAUUUGGGGCCAGAACCAGGACUUCCCCGUCUAAAUGAACAAACACAGCCAGAAAUAUCGUUGGAUCCUUCUAUAGGUCCAGUUGAUGCUUUUUGUCUUCUGAUUCUAGAACCAGAUCAGGUUGAUUACUUGAAUCUAAAGAGUAAUCAAAGGCUAACAUUCAGAUCACAUUUGAAUGCUGCAUUAACAAAAAGCUGGAUUAUGGAGAGGGUCAACCUGUGAUUUCUUAUCUGUCAUAUGUAGAUUUCAUUGCAAUCAACAACUUGCAUGUUCCAGGAACAUCGGAGAGAGAAUUGACUGGAGUGUGCUGGUAAGUUUUCUAAUAAGAGUCACUGUCUCAGCUUUCAUGCCGCAUAACUUUCUGAGCAAUUAAUUGUUGUACUUUUUCAAUGUAAACAUAGUAAGAUUGAUAUGAAUUGGCCUUAGUACCGAGGUGGAAAUUUCAAUGGAAUUGGAGUCUUGUUGAGUAAUAUUUUAUCACUUCAAUUUCCAAUAAUAUCAAUGUUUUAGUUUA